UUUCUUUCUCUCUCAAAUGGAAGACGAAGUCAACAGGGAACUCGAUCUUCUACCAUCAUCACGAGCAGAUUCCUCUCUGCUACAGAUGCGAUCGACGGUGUCGUCGUCGACGACGGAGCGCGGCGCGCCGUCGCUGGACCUGCAGCUAUCGAUCAGCGUGCGGCAGCCGGCGGUGUUGAUGUGCGAGGGAGUGGAGGCGUUGAAGUGGCAGGCGGCGGAGCAAAUCAGGCUGGCGGCGAUGGAGAAGGCGUACGCGGAGAGGGUGAGGGAGCUGACGCGGAGGGAGAUGGAGAUGGCGCAGUCGGAGUUCGCACGUGCGAGGCAAAUGUGGGAGCGUGCGAGGGAGGAGGUUGAGAGAGCUGAAAGGAUGAAGGAAAGAGCAACGAGACAGGUGGAUUCUACGUGCAUGGAGAUCACCUGUCACUCUUGCAGGCAAAGGUUCAGGCCUGCUUGAUUGAUCAUCAUGUGCUUUGUUUCUCACUCUUGGGUUCAAAAUUUUAUAGCUUUCUUUUGUUUUUGUUUUUUAUUUUCUAACUUAUAAGGAACCAACCCAACUCAGAAUAAUAACCCUGCCCUUCGCCUUUUUUAAUUUAAUAAAU